AUGGCCGACAAUGCCGAGACAAGUGGCGAUAAGCAAGUCACCUUCAAGGUGAAGACAUCUGCCGACAGCAAUCACACCAUCACAAUGGCCGAGUCGGCCACCGUCUUGGAGCUCAAGACCAAGCUUGCCGGCCAAGAUUUCGAGCACAUCCCUGUCGAGAGACAACGCCUCAUCUACUCUGGUCGCGUUAUGAAGAAUGACGAGACCCUUGGAUCCUACAACAUCAAGCAGAACAACACCAUCCACAUGGUCAAGAGCGCAGCGAGCAACCCUACCCAGCAGACUUCGACAUCCGGCCCAACCCCCCGAGCCGUUCCAGAGAACAUUUCGGCUGGAACCAACCCCAACGAUCCGCUAGCUGGCCUGACCGGCGCCCGUUAUGCCGGCCAUCAGAUCAACUUACCGGGCAUGGAUAUGUUCGGCCCAGAUGGCGGUAUGGGCCCCCCUAUGGACGAGGAGCGCAUCCAACGUAUGAUGUCAGAUCCCAACGUUCAGCAGUCUAUGAACGAGGCCUUGAACAAUCCCGACUUUGUCAACAUGCUCAUCGAAUCGAACCCAAUGCUCCGCAACAUGCCCAACGCAAGAGAAAUCAUCACGUCGCCGUUUAUGCGACAAAUGAUGAGCAACCCGCAGAUGAUGAGCCAAGCCAUGCGUAUGCAACGAAAUAUGCGUGGGGGAGACUCGGCUUUUCCUGCCCCUGGCGCCACCGACACCACGCCAGAUGCUGCUGCUGGCGGCAACCGAUCCGCUGGCCAGGCGAACAACAACCAGCAACCAAAUCCUUUCAUGAAUCCUUUCAUGAUGCCCGGAAUGAUGGGCGGUGCUGCUGGAGGCAACAACGCCAUGAACCUCGCCCAGAUGCUUCAAAGCUUAAACGCCAUGAGCCCCAGCCCGGCUGCCCAAGCUCCAACAACCAACACCCCCACCACUGCAAACACCCAAGGGACCACGCCAGCGUCGGAGUCCCGAGAGGGCCAGGGUGCUACUUCAGACACCGGGGCAGCUGGGGCUCCGCAGAAUAGCCAGGCCCAAAAUGCUGCCAAUAAUCCCUUGGCUCAGUUGUACGCGCUGGCGUCGGGCAAUGCGCCCAACGCCUUCGGGAACCUUGAUCUGUUGGAGCAAUUGUCGAUGAAUCUCGGAGGCAUAGGCCCAGGUAUGCCAGCCGCAGCUCCCGACAAUCGACCCCCGGAGGAGCGAUAUGCCGAUCAGCUGCGCCAGCUGAACGAGAUGGGCUUCUACGACUUUGACCGAAAUGUUGCGGCUCUGCGAAGGAGUGGAGGCAGCGUGCAGGGCGCCAUCGAACACUUGCUAAGUGCUACAGAUUAA